AAUGAUGAAGUAGAAGAGUUAGUUACAUGUUGUACGCUGAGCAAUUCCGUGUUUAUUUCGCUGGGGUUUCAGUUUCAGUGGAGUAGAAGUAGUUAACGAGCGUACGUUAGCUAACGUUAGCCGUUUAGCUAAGCAAAAUCGAAAUAAGUUUGACUUGUGGCAUGUCAUUCAAUCACAUUUCUACCCGUAGGUAAAGGUAGCGAACUUAGCCUGCUAGGAGUACAACAUGUAAAAUAUAUUUCUCUUAAUUUUUAUAGCUAGCUGGCUACAAAAAAAAUGGCUGACUCGGCUUCUAGCUAGCAGGUAGUUAACGUCCUCUAGUGAGUGCACUCUACCGUAAACAAAACCAUUUAUUGUCCGCGUUAUCGUUACUAACUAAUGAAUGUCGAACCGAAAAGCGGUUUUAUCAAACAAUAAACCUCAAACGUUAACUGACUGGCUGUUCAUUCAAACAGCUCCUAUCGUUGCGAUGAGCUAAAGUUAGCUAAUAAAUAGCUUGUGUCGACAGGCAGAACGAGUUAGCAUGUUGCGUGCUAACUUUAGGACGAACAACAUGCUAGCCAUCUGUCAAGCUCGCCAAGCAACCAUCUUGACUGAAAUUGCUUUAGAAAGUAAUUGAACGAAUGACUUGUGUCUUUGUAAAGAUGCAGGUAACUAGCUAAUUGAAAACCUUUUUGAUCUUGGACUCUGAAACGUUUGUGUUAACUUGCUAGUUUAUGUUUUGCUUCGCUGACGUUUAGUUUUAGCUAGUUUCCUGUUUUGGAGGUUCAUUUCGACCUCAUCUGGCUGCAGUAACUGGGAGUUGCGGAUCAAGAACAACGAGUGAGAAAGGGAAGCAAUUGCUGAACAUCCCAAAGAAACCUUCUAGAAGACUUCAUCUCCCACACAUAAGGAGCUGAUAUCAUGGCAAUGGAUGCGGCUGUGAUCGGUGCCAACGGAGAGAUGAAGGUUUUCUACAACCAGAACCUCAGUCCCAGCAAAGGUGUCCUAUCCCUGGUGACAGUCCACCCACAGUCUCUCUCUGUGGGGAAACAACUGCUUCCCAAAACCCUGGGGCCCUCCAACGUCAACAUCGCCCCACACAUGGUGAUGGGUACCCCUCAGAGGCCCAGUGGGUCAGGGGGGUUAGUGAUGGGCAGCCCUCACACACCCAGUACCCAGUACAGACCACAGAGUCAGCCUCCUGAUGCCUCUCCCUGGUCCACCGGGAAGCGUGGUACUGGUAAGAAGGGGGAUAAGAACGGGAAGGGUCUUAGGCAUUUCUCCAUGAAGGUGUGUGAGAAGGUGCAGAAGAAGGGAGUAACUACCUACAAUGAGGUGGCUGAUGAGCUCGUGGCAGAGUUCAGUGCCAACGACACCCUCCUCUCGCCCGGCGACUCGCAUUCCUACGACCAGAAGAACAUCCGACGGCGUGUGUACGAUGCGCUCAACGUGCUCAUGGCCAUGAACAUCAUCUCUAAAGAGAAGAAAGAGAUCCGGUGGAUCGGCCUGCCCACCAACUCAGCCCAGGAGUGUCAGAGCCUGGAGGUGGAGAGACAGAAACGACUAGAGAGGAUCAACCAGAAACAGUCUCAGCUUCAGGAGCUCAUUCUACAGCAAAUAGCGUUCAAGCGCCUGGUGCAGCGGAAUCGUGCAGCGGAGCAGCAAGCGGGCAGGGCUCCACCCCCAAACUCUGUCAUCAACCUGCCCUUCAUCAUCAUCAACACCUCCAAGAGGACAGUCAUCGACUGCAGCAUCUCCAACGACAAGUUUGAGUACCUGUUCAACUUUGACAACAUGUUUGAGAUCCAUGAUGACAUUGAGGUGUUGAAGAGAAUGGGGCUGGCCUGUGGUCUGGAGGUGGGCCAGUGUUCACCAGAGGACCUGAAGGAAGCCCGCACCCUGGUGCCCAGAGCCCUGGAACCCUAUGUUACAGGUCAGUAUGGCUGGUUCCCACAGGGCACCCUGGUGCCCAGAGCCCUGGAACCCUAUGUUACAGAAAUGGCCACGGGUCCAAUAAGCAACGUCUACAUCACAGGAACCUCAUCUACAAACGGAGGAGGAUGCCGUCACACAAGUAGCGCCGAUGGCACGGUGGCGUCCAUUUCCAACGACUCACGAGGCCACACCCCCGUGUCCUACAUGGCAGACGAGGAAGAGGAUGACGAAGACUACGACGACAAUGAUUAAAUCAGUAGUUUCUCACUCGGCCAAUUCUUAACAGCCCAGUCUGAUGACUAACCCGCUGUGUUCCAAAUGGCUUCCUAUUCCCAAUAUACUGAACUACUUUUGACCACGGCCAUAUUGGCACAGAGGUAGUGCACUGUAGGGAAUAGUGCCAUUUGGAAUGCAUGCAGCCCAUGUCCCAUGAACAAGUCUCUCUCCCUUCCUCCAGCUCCAUCUCAGGCCUUCCCUCCACCCCACCAAGCUAUCUACGAGGAGGCUUCUCCUUCCUCAACUGCCUUCAGAAUGCACAGAGCUCACCAACGCAAAGGCCUUCUGGGAAACGUAGUCUUUGCUGACACUAUGACUGUAUAAUGCCUUUUGUGGGAAUUUAAUUUAUUUUUUUCUCUCCUUCUGAAGCUGUGAUUGCUAUAAGUAUAAUCUCCACAAAGUGCUCCUCUUCAGCCCGCCUCCCCGUUACAGGAAAUGGGAUCUUUCUCAUGCCAAGCUAGUUUUUUGUUGUUUCCUGAGUGAACUGAUACACGGCCACAGAAAGAUUCCCUCCAGAAACCUGAGAUCUGCCUUGUGUGGCUGUAUUACAGUAUUUAACACCAUGAACAGUACUGGUGUCAUUGACAUGACAGUGAAAUGACUUCCUAUACAGCUCCCAGGGGAGAGAGGGGGAGAGAGAGUGUAGCUCCCAGGGGAGAGGGGAGUGUGUGUAGCUCCCAGGGGAGAGGGAGUGUGUGUGUGUGUGUGUGUUUUGUACUUUACUUAGUUGUAGUUAUAUUUUCUUAUUUUGUGUGACUUUCUUCUGGCAGCUAUUUUAAAGAUGGGUCAGAAUGUGUGUUUUUGGACGGUCACUUGGCCCUGCGUGUCCCUGUGAAUACAGACAGUAGAGGCCAAAUGUCCCUGUGUGUGUACCUACAGACAGCAGAGGCCAAAUGUCCCUGUGUGUGACGGUAGAGGAGACAAGGCCACCCUAUCCCCUCUCAAAGCAAGGUGACCAUGUUCAUAAUCUCAGAAUUGGAGUCAAGAGAACGUUGUUGUAAAUUGGAAGCGGAUCUCUGCCUGGCUGGCAGGCAGCCCGUUGAGAUAGAAACGUACCAAAAUGAUUCUAAACAUCUCAAUACUCUACUUAAUGAACGACACCCAGAGUGAAGUAGCUUGUGUAUUAUCAAUGAAGUGAACUUUGGGGAGGGUGGGGCCAUUCAUAGGGUUGUAAACAAGCUCAAGACUUCAGGAUUGUGGCAAAAGCCAAAAUAGGGGAGUCCACUACAAUCACCCCCCAAAUGAACUUUUGUAAAGCUGAAAACAUGUUGACUCUGCAAUACCUUUUCUUUCUGUCAUCUAAUGAGUUUAUUAUAGAGAAUAAAUAUAGAGGGUGUUUGAA